UAACUUGUGCAGCCGUGGGUGGAGGUCAAGCUUGUGCAGCCGUGGGUGGAGGUUAAGCUUGUGCAGCCGUGGGUGGAGGUCAAGCUUGUGCAGUCGUGGGUGGAGGUUAAGCUUGUGCAGUUGUGGGUGGAGGUCAAGCUUGUGCAGUCGUGGGUGGAGGUUAAGCUUGAGCAGCCGUGGGUGGAAGUUAAGUUUGUGCAGUCGUGGGUGGAGGUCAAGCUUGUGCAGUCGUGGGUGGAGGUCAGGCUUGUGCAGCCGUGGGUGGAAGUUAAGCUUGUGCAGCCGUGGGUGGAGGUCAAGCUGGUGCAGCCGUGGGUGGAAGUUAAGCUUGUGCAGUCGUGGGUGGAGGUUAAGCUUGUGGAGCCGUGGGUGGAGGUCAAGCUUGUGCAGUCGUGGGUGGAGGUUAAGCUUGUGCAGUCGUGAGAGGUCAAGCUUUUGUAGUCAGGGAGGAGGCCAAGUUUUUGCAGUGGGGGAGAUGAAGCUGUCCAGACGUUAUCAUAGCCAGCUUCAUUAUUGAAGGCUGUAAUCAUUGCUGAUUUGACUGAAUGAUGAGAACAUUGACUGAAGCCUCGAAAUGGAGACAUCAGAUGUACGCAAGAAUUUUAUCCUCACGACAACUGGAAACUACUUUGGCCUUUCCCUAUCGGAUCCCCUGUUGGUGGCACUGAAUGAUGACCAGAACCUCAACACCUUUUUGGACUCUGGCAACUGUCAACUCCUUGGAGCUCAUAUGGUCCCUGAUGAGGGACGCAUCAUAUUGAACACCAAGAUUGACUCAUCACUGAAGAAGGAUAAGCUGCUGGUGUUCUUCAAGAUGAAACCUAAUGUGAUAACUGCUGAUAACCUUGCUGACAUUUUUGUAUCCUCCAUGAUUGACUCUCCCAUUUCCUCACUCUACCAUUCUCUUCAAAAGUUAUAUGCACCCAUACUGUUAAAGGUGUUGGCACUCAUGAAUACUGACCUGCUACGGCAUCAAUCUAAAUGGAAGGAGCUGCUAAAGGAGAUGCGAUCCAUCAUGCAUCAGUUGCAAGAAAAAAGGCCUUUGCUUGAUCAAAAGUCUUGGUGCUCCCAUUGGGACCGUCAGCUGUACAAGGCUCUGGAACAUCAGUUCAGUUGGGACUUGAAGCUCUUAACCCCAAUACCUUCCAGAAUUCAAAGUGGAGUUGACAUACAGAUUGACUCAUCACUGAAGAAGGAUAAGCUGCUGGUGUUCUUCAAGAUGAAACCUAAUGUGAUAACUGCUGAUAACCUUGCUGACAUUUUUGUAUCCUCCAUGAUUGACUCUCCCAUUUCCUCACUCUACCAUUCUCUUCAAAAGUUAUAUGCACCCAUACUGUUAAAGAGCAAACUGGGAGAAGAAGAUCUGUGGGGAGGACAGUACAAUCAAAUAGAAAAAAGUCUGUCAGAAGGCAUAACAGUUUGUGAUCGUUGGGUUGACACUUGUCAGAAGCUUACUUCUAUGUUUUGGAAAAGUGGUGCAGACCAGAUGUGGGAAGGCAAACCAUUCACCCCAGAUUACUGCAAGAAUGUUUCUAAGCGCCUAACUGAAAUAUUGAGUCUGCGCACCUUGCAUAAGCAACUCACAAGACUUCUAUCAUUAAGUGAACAGGAGGAGCUCAAAACUGCAGAGGCUUUCAAGCCAUUUUCUGGCUUAAAGCCAGUUCAGUACAACCCCUACACUGAACCACUGUGGCAAGCAGCAGUACGUCAAUUUGAAAAUUCCUUGAAACCUGCAGAACAACGAAUUGCUGGUAAACUAAGAGCACAGCUCCGAAAUAUGGAUUCAAGUGCAUAUCAGCUCAUGCAGGAGUUUAAGCGAUACAAAGAACUAAUUAAACGUGAAAGCAUCCAAAAAGAGCUUGUAUCUGAGAGAGAAAUGUUGCUUAGUGAACUUAGCAGUUAUAUUCGAACAGCACGUGCUGAUUUUGGGAAUACAUCUGUCAGUGGACCUAGACGAAUGACGAAUGUUCCUGAAGUGGUUAGCAAUAUCUAUUGGGUCAAACCAAUUCAUGCAAAGAUUCUUGAUAUUGGAAAAACAGCAGAUGCCUUGCUGACUGACCUAACUGGCUAUGAAGAGCUUAAAGGCAGCAUUGCAGAAUUUUGUGAGGAGCUGGAAGAAUAUCACAAUGAUCAGUUUGACUCAUGGUCCCGAGAUAUGCUACAUAUGAUAGAUACACAGGAGCUCAGCCUGGCUACAGACUCCCCCGUGCUAUCAUUCAGCAGAGGUCGACUGCUGCGAGUGAAUUAUAAUCCGCGACUGGUAGGGUUGGUAAGGGAAGUAAGUCAACUUGCAAUCCUGGGCCACAAGAUACAUCCAAAUAUAAUCAAAAUGGCAAAUCUUGCUCAAAAAUUUAUGAAGCAGGCUAAGGCCUUGGAAGAGAUUGCAAACUUCCACAACACAGUAGGAGACCAGAUGAUUCCAUCUCAGCGUCCAAUGAUGCUUGAAGCAGCACUUGCCCUCUCAGGCUUAGUGCAGGAACAGACCACUAUCACUUGGUCUAACACUCAACAGUUGGAUGCUUACAUUGCCAAACUUAAGACAGCAACGCAGAGGUUGGCUCGGGAAAAUAAACAACUGGCUCAGUGUCACCUCAUGAUCAAGGAAAGAGUGUUGGCACUCAUGAAUACUGACCUGCUACGGCAUCAAUCUAAAUGGAAGGAGCUGCUAAAGGAGAUGCGAUCCAUCAUGCAUCAGUUGCAAGAAAAAGGCUUUGCUGAUCAAAAGUCUUGGUGCUCCCAUUGGGAUCGUCAGCUGUACAAGGCUCUGGAACAUCAGUAUCAGUUGGGACUUGAAGCUCUUAACCAAUACCUUCCAGAAUUCAAAGUGGAGUUGACAUACAGGCAACAGAGGCUUCAAUUUAUCCCUCCAAUGGAAGAAAUUCGCAUGAAGUAUUAUGGGCAAUUGAAGCGUUUUCUAGUCAUUCCAUACCAUUUUAAGGGUGUGAAUGAGGUCAAUGAACACCCAGUAUUCCCAACCAUCGUAGACCGUAAUGCCCAUCGUUUUGCACAGCUGUUUCAGCGAGCUGAAGAAUUAUUUGAGAGACUUGAAAGUAUCAAGGAACGUUUCGUGGAUUUAUGUGCUCUUGGCUCAUGUGAUGUGGAACAGCUGGUGGAGAAACUCUGUAAAACAGCUGAAGACUGGGACCGAAAUUUCCGAGCCUCAAAAGCAAAGGGUCAAGAGAUUGGAAAAUUACCAAGUACAGAGGAGAAACUGGAUUGCUUCAGCAUAAGUUUCCAGCCAUUACGAGUGGAGUUGGAGAUAAUGAAUCGGCGUUACUGGGACAUCCUUGUACAGUCCCUUCAUAAUGCUAUUAUAAAAGAUAUCAAUACUAUUGAAAAAUUCACCGAGGAAGCAGUAGAUGUCCUCAAAAAACAACCACAAACUGUAGAAGAGAUUGCAACUGCCAGCCAGAAGCAUACUGAAUAUGCAAAGUUAACUGAAGAGAUGGUAGAACUGUUUAAUGAGGCAGAGCGUAAGAAUAAGACCUUAGCUAGCUGGACAAAAGAAAGAGUGGAGCAGGUGUCUCGUGUCACCAUGCAGUGGGACAACUAUAAAACCUUAAUGGAUAAUCAUGAGCAAAUUGUUGCAAAGCAGAUUGAAGCAAUUAAAGGGAAUCUGGAGAGCCAAACUAAUAACUUCAACAGUGAGGUAGAGAAAUUUGGAAUGAGAUGGUUUCAGCUUCGUCCUCGUGAGGAUCAGUUGGAAGGUGAUGGAGACCACUUGCAGGAGGCCAUUGCUUUUGUAGCAGAGAAACGUUUAGAGUGGGACCAGCUUAUGGAGACUCGAGACAGCCUGAAGAAGGACUAUGAACACUUUAACAUGGGGGAGCCAUUCUUCCCAGAGAUUGAUGACAUUGAAGCUGACUUAGUAAAGCAUGAGCAAAUUUGGGGUUUAUUUGACGAGUUCAACACUAGUAUGCAAGAAUUUUCUAAUGAAGAAUGGAUUGUUUUUAGAAGUAAAACAUAUAAAUUUGAGGAGUUCCUCAAUAGCUGGAGUGAGAAACUACGAUCAUCUGCAGAGACAACCCCAGUCACCGUGCGCCUCAUUCAUGAAAUUGAAAAGUACAAAGCAGUAAUACCAUUGCUGAAAUAUGUAAGAGGGGAAGUAUUUUCAGAAAAGCACUGGAUUGAAAUGUAUAGCCUACUUGGGAUACCCACCAAUGUUACAGUAGAUAAACUCACCUUUGGACACUUCUUAAAGGUACGUGAUAAUUUGAUACAACAUGGUGAGGCAUUAAAGGAAAUGAAUGCCAAAGCAACGGGUGAGAUUGUUAUCCGACAAGCAUUAGGAGAACUGGAUGUGUGGGAGGUUGAUGCUCACUUUACUAUUGUUCCUCAUAUCGACUCAACUGGACAUCAAAUUAUGCUCAUCAAAGAAUGGAAGGAUAUCAUCAACAAGGUUGGAGACAAUCAAAGUCUGUUGCAGUCCUUGAAAGACUCGGCAUAUUUUGCAGCAUUUGCAGAUCGUGCUAGAGUAUGGGAACAGCGUCUAGCUGACCUGGACGAGUAUCUUACCAACCUGAAUCAGAUACAACGUAAAUGGGUGUAUCGGGCCCCUUUUUUUUCAGAGGUCCUUACCCAAUUAGCAAGGUCGUUUUUGGAGGUAGAUGAUGACUUCAACAUUAAGUCAGAUGUGGGAAAAGACAACAAAGUGGUUUUUCCCCCGCCGAUCAAUGGCACAAACACGUUGGUUACUCUUCUUGAUCAACUACAAGGUAAAUGUCAGAAGAGCCUUAAUGAAUUCCUUGAAGAGAAGAGGUCAGCUUUUCCUCGCUUCUACUUUAUUGGUGAUGAUGAUUUGCUGGAGAUCCUGGGCCAAGCUACAAAUCCAGAAGUUAUUCAGAGUCAUCUCAAGAAACUUUUUGCUGGUAUCCAUUUUGUGAGAUUUGAUGAGAACAAUUCACACAUUGUGGCAAUGAAGAGUCUUGAAGGUGAAGAUGUUCCUCUUAGAAGACCUGUUGAAAUAACUACAAAAGUUGAGGAUUGGUUAAGUGAGCUAAGUGAGGAGAUGAAGAGGACACUGAAAGAGCUGUUGAGAGAAUGUUUAAAAGAAGGCCAUACUGAUGCAGGAAUGGAUCCUCUUAAGUCUCCUUCUCAGAUACUGUGUCUAGCUGAUGCCAUCCUCUUCACAGAACGAUGUGAAGAAUCUAUUCAAGAAGGACGUCUUAGCAACUUUAAGAAAGAACUGGAGGCAAAACUUGAAUCAUAUACCAGUGUAGACCUCAGUUCAGAUGGAAGCCCAGAGGGUAAGGCAGAUAGUCUAGUACUGGAGCUCAAGUUGAAGGCACUCAUCUUGGACACCAUCCAUAAUAUUGAUGUUGUCAACAUACUAAUAACCAACAACAUUCUCUCUGUAGCAGACUGGGCAUGGCAAAAACAGCUAAGAUUCUACAUAAGUGAAGAGGGAUCAGCAUAUAUGAAAAUGGUAGAUGCUCAGUUUGAUUAUACAUAUGAAUACCAAGGCAAUGCCCCCAAGUUGGUACAUACACCAUUAACUGACAAGUGUUACCUAACACUAACACAGGGUAUGCACAUGGGACUGGGUGGAAAUCCUUAUGGCCCUGCUGGAACUGGUAAAACAGAGUCUGUGAAAGCUCUUGGUAGCCUUUUUGGACGUCAAGUUCUUGUAUUUAACUGUGAUGAAGGCAUAGAUGUUAAAUCAAUGGGCCGCAUAUUUGUUGGUUUGGUGAAAUGUGGUGCCUGGGGAUGUUUUGAUGAGUUCAACCGUCUGGAAGAGGCUGUUUUAUCAGCUGUCUCUAUGCAGAUUCAGACCAUACAAGCUGCUCUCAAGUCGCAUGCUUCAUCUACUACUUUAUUGGGCAAAGAGGUACCUGUUGAUCACAAUUCUGGCAUUUUCAUAACACUCAACCCAGCUGGAAAAGGUUAUGGUGGUCGUCAAAAGCUUCCAGACAAUCUAAAGCAAUUGUUUAGACCUGUUGCAAUGGCCCGUCCUGACAAUGAACUAAUUGCUGAAGUCAUUCUAUUCAGUGAGGGCUUCAAGGAUGGGAAAAAUCUUGGACGUAAACUUGUUGCAAUCUUCAACUUGUCAAAGGAACUCCUUACACCACAGCAGCAUUAUGACUGGGGUUUACGAGCUCUUAAGACAGUAUUGAAAGGCAGUGGUAGCCUGCUUCAGUCUUAUAGACGGACAUUACUUGAAGAAGGAAAGUCAACUGACAUAGAUACAAAUAUGGAAUCAGAGUUGGUUGUGCAAGCUUUGCGACUCAACACACUCUCAAAACUCACCUUUUCUGACAGCUCUAGGUUCGAUGACCUGGUGCGAGACGUGUUUCCUGAUAUUAAAUUUAGAGGUGUUGGCUACGAGGAUUUAGCUGAAAUUUUACAUGACACAUUUAAAGAAAUGACUCUUAUACCCAAUGAGAGACAGAUAAAAAAAGCUCUUGAGCUUUAUGAGCAACUCCAGCAGCGUAUGGGAGUGGUGGUAGUUGGUCCUUCAGGAUCAGGAAAAACAACCUUGUGGCAGACCUUGCGACAUGCUCUCCUGAAAAUGGAUAAUAAAGUAAAGAAAUAUGUUAUGAAUCCUAAAGCUAUGCCAAGACAACAGCUUCUUGGGCACAUUGACCAUGAUACAAGGGAAUGGUCUGAUGGUGUUCUUACUGCUUCUGCAAGACAAGUUGUCCGGGAACCACCUGAUGUAACUUCAUGGAUCAUUUGUGAUGGCGACAUAGAUCCCGAGUGGAUUGAGUCAUUGAAUUCUGUAUUAGAUGACAAUCGGCUUUUAACUAUGCCAUCAGGAGAAAGGAUACAAUUUGGUCCAAAUGUCAAUUUCCUCUUUGAGACUGAUGAUUUAUCCUCUGCCUCACCUGCUACAAUCUCUCGCAUGGGCAUGAUUUUCCUAAGUGAUGAAGACACCAAUAUUCAUGCAGUUGUUAAUGCUUGGCUUGAGUCACAGGGAGAAGAAGCCAAACGCUACCUUGAACCAUACAUUGAGCAAUACUUCUUUAAAGCUCUUGAAUGGGUGCUGAAAGCUGGUGAAGUUGAAGUUGAAACUACCCUAGUUGGAUGGGUUUUAAAUGGCCUCUCACAUCUUCAUGAAGUCACCAGUAAAGCUCACUUUUCCUUGGCACUUGUGAAGGGUCUGGGAGGUAAUCUUCCUGCAAACAUCAGAUCAGACUUUGCUCGUGAGGUAUUUUCGUGGGUGGGCGAACAUGUGCCAGAUCAGCGCAAACCUCUCAAUGUUUAUUAUGAUGCUUCCCGUGACCGCUUAGAACCAUAUACGUCUGAUUCCACUGAAGACAUCGUAGUUGGUACCGGUGAAGUUCCCCUGAUAUUAACAGCUGAUGCCAAAUGUGCUCUUGAUUAUUUCAUGCCAUGGCUUCAGUUAGAGACAAAACAGUCUUUCAUUCUGGUUGGACCAGAAGGCUGUGGAAAGAGUCAGUGGUUAAUAAUAUGUGUCCGGUCACCCUGCUUGGGGGUCUCGACCAAACCCACAAAGGCCCAAAUUCCUGGGUUUAACGUCUACCAAAAUGUACGUGAUGCCUUCAGUGCGGAUGAUUAUAGCCACUACUUGUUCACCCCGCGUGACCUGACGCGCUGGGUUCUGGGGCUCUUACGUUAUCAGGUUUCCUCAGACGAUGCUGCUCUUCAACCAUUAUUGGAGGUUUGGUUGUAUGAAGGCUGCAGGCUUUUCCGUGACAAGUUAGCCGAGAGUGCAGAUGUGCAGAAGUUUGAUGCAAUAAUUGUGUCCAGUAUACAGUCAGACUGGGGCAUGGAUCUUCGUGAUCACUUGGUUAACAAGUACUUUGUCACUCCUGCAGUUGGUGUUGUGGCACCUGGAGCACCUCUGCCUCUGCACGGCUACCAGCUUGGCCAAAUGAGCCCAGAGAAUUGGAGUGAAGUGGUGGGGAAUGCUGUACAACAGUACAGCAGGGAGAAACAAGAGCUUAAUUUGUUAAUCUUCACAGAGGUAUUAGAGGCUAUGGCACGUGUGGACCGAAUCUUAACAUCCCCCGGAGGAUCAUUCCUCAUGGCUGGCAGAUCGGGUGUGGGCCGCAGAACUGCAGUUUUUGUCAUUGCCAACUUCCACAAUAUUAGAGUUAUCUCACCAGCUAUGAGUCUUGGAUAUGAUAUCAAAAACUUCAAAAAUGAUUUAAAGCAGGUGAUGCAGAGUGCAGGUGUUGAUGGUGAACAAGUGUUGCUGCUUCUGGAGGAUCAUCACCUAGUGACCUCAGACUUUCUUGAAAUUAUCAACUCUCUUCUUAUGGCUGGAGAGGUUCCUGGGCUCUAUACUCCUGAAGAACUCGACCCACUUCUCAUGCCACUACGGGACCAGGCAGCUCAUGAAGGCUUCCGGGGUUCACAUUAUGCAUACUUUGCUUCAAGAGUGAUGAAAAAUUUGCACAUUGCUUUAAUUAUGGAUUCAAGCAACCAAGAGUUCUCUGUACAGUGUGAAAGUAACCCAGCCUUGUAUAAGCAGUGUUCUGUUCUCUGGAUGGAAGGCUGGGCACAAGAAACUAUGAUUCAGAUUCCAGACAUGCUCUUGGAUGAAACUGAGAGGGACCAAAACAGUGGCUCAGAGUUCCUGAAUUCCUUCUUAGCAAUAUACGAGAGUCUACCAACUCACCUUGCAACACCUCGGCGGUAUCUAACCCUUCUUCACAGUUAUCGUUUAAUUCAUAACACAAAGAAGGAAGGAGUCAUACAACGACAGCGCCAUUUAAAGGCUGGGGUGGCGAAGCUCAAUGAAGCACGUAAGGUAGUAAGUGAGCUCAAGGCUGAAGCUGCAGAAAAAGAAGCUGUAUUAGCAGAGAAGCAGUCAGAAGCUAACCAUGCCCUUGAGUUGAUCACUGACACCAUGAAGAAUGCCAAUGCUCAGAAAGUUCAGAUGGAAACAUUGAAAGACCAAACAGUAAAUGAAAACAAGAUUAUUGCUGAGAGAAAAAAGGCAAUUGAUGAAGAGUUAGCAGAGAUUGAACCCAUUGUGAGAGAAGCUAAAGAGGCUGUGGGCAACAUUAAAUCAGAGGCUUUGACUGAGAUAAGAUCUCUUCGAGCACCACCCGAGAUAAUACGAGAUAUCCUCGAGGGUGUACUGCGCCUCAUGGGGGUUCAAGAUACUUCGUGGAAUUCUAUGAAAACUUUCUUAGCAAAGAGGGGUGUCAAGGAAGAAAUAAGGAAUUAUGAUCCAAGAGAUGUAACAUCAGAAGCUCGCAAAUCAGUAGAAAAAUUGCUUCAUGAACGUGCAGAUUCUUUUGAUGCUUCAGCAGCUAAAAGAGCAUCAACUGCAGCAGCACCGCUGGCAGCUUGGGUAAAAGCUAAUGUACGAUUCUCUUACGUCUUAGAAAAAGUAAAACCUUUAGAGAAAGAACAAGAUAAACUACAAAGAAAUUUGGAGAAAGCAGAGGCUCAAAUUGGAGAGCUGUCUGCUGGUUUGGAUGAUGUUGACAAGCAAGUGGCAGUACUGCGGGAAAAAUUAAAUCGCUCUACUAAAGAAGCUGCAGAGGUAGAAUUUCAUUUAAAUAAAGCCAAGGAAACAAUCACAGCUGCAGAAAGCCUCGUUACUAAACUGGAGGGAGAAUAUCAACGUUGGAGUCAACAGGUGUCUGAGUUAGAUUCAAGUAUAAAAGGUCUGCCACGGGAGGCUCUCUUAGCUGCGUCAUUCAUUAGUUAUCUGAGUGAAGCUCCAGAAGACACGAGGAAAACUACCAUGGCCCUUUGGAGUCGCAUGUUACAGGUGUCUGGCUUUGACUUAAGAAGAUUCUUAAGCAGUGAGAGGGAACAGCUGCAGUGGAAGGCAGAAGGACUUCCAUCUGAUCAGUUAUCUAUUGAAAAUGCUCUCGUAAUACUCCAGUGUAGGCUGAGACCUUUCCUCAUUGAUCCAUCCUCUCGUGCUACUGCUUGGCUAUGCGAACAUCUUCGAGGAUCAACUGUAGAGCUUACAACUCAGCAAGAUCCAAAGUUUGCAACAACACUUGAGUUGGCUGUGAGGUUUGGGAAGACCCUCAUUAUCCAGGAAGUUGAUAAGUUAGAGCCACUUCUGUUCCCACUGCUCAGAGGAGAACUUAUCAGUCAAGGCCCUAGGUAUGUCGUUGAGCUGGGAGACAAAAUUCUUGACUACAAUGAAAACUUCCAGUUGUUCUUGGUAACCCGUAACCCUGCUCCAGAGCUACCACCCAACGCUAUGUCCAUCCUUACCUCAAUUAACUUCACCACCACACGUGCUGGAUUGACAGGACAGCUCUUAGCAGCAACACUGCAGGUAGAAAAACCUGAACUGGAAGUAAGGAGAACUGAUCUUCUGCGGCAAGAAGAAGACCUGAAAAUACAGUUGGUGACUUUGGAAGAUCAUCUCCUGACAACUCUUGCUGAAUCACAAGGCAAUAUCCUGGAAAACAAAGAAUUAUUGGCAUCAUUAGAGCAAGCCAAAUCUAGUUCUGCUACAAUUGAAUCCUCACUGAAAGAGUCUGGAUCUCUCCAAGAAUCUCUUGAAAAUGAGCGGAAAGCAUAUUUACCUCUGUCACAGGCAGCUGCUAAUCUUUAUUUUGUCAUAUCAGACCUCUCAAAGCUAAAUAAUAUGUAUCGCUUCAGUCUUGGAGCUUUCCAUAAUCUUUUCCAUAAAGCUUUGCAAACACCUCAGGAUGGAAGCAGUACAGAUCAACGCAUCAAAUCACUGCAGAGAGCCUUGAUUGAUCUGGUAUAUAGCUACAUUAGUCGUUCCCUCUUCAAGGCAGAUCGUCUCAUGUUUGCCUUACACCUCGUACAUGGCAUGUACCCAGAACUUUUCAGAGAAAAUGAAUGGGAGGCUUUCAUUGGCCAGUUGGUGACAGAUGUUAGAACUGAUGCAACAGAAGUCAAAGAAGCUCUUCCAAAGUGGAUUGAUGAAGAACGUGCAUUUGCAAUUUCGUUAUUGAAACAAACUUUCCCAACCAUGUAUGAGAUGCUGCAUCUGGAUGAUUUGUCGAUGUGGUCAGGCUUUGCUAGAUCCAGCCAUUGUGAGACGGAUUUACCAGUUCAGCUCGGUCAAAAGCUUUCUGGGUUCCAGCAUCUGCUUCUUAUUCAGGCAUUACGUCCUGACCGUCUCCAGUCUGCAAUGGUCAACUUUGCAACCAGAGCUCUAGGAAUGAAGGAAUUGUCUCCUCCAGCUCUAAAUCUUCGUCGUCUUCUUCCCGAAACAUCAGCUGGAGAACCCAUUAUGAUCAUUAUUUCCCCUGGUGCUGAUCCUUCACAAGAACUUCUUGAACUGGUCAAAAAUACUGUAGGAAAUAACAGCUAUAAUGAGGUGGCUAUGGGUCAAGGACAGAGUGAGAUAGCCAUAAAGCUACUGCAUGAUUGUGCAUCUGCUGGCCACUGGUUGUGUCUGAAGAACCUUCACCUGGUCACUGCUUGGCUUCCAACUCUAGAAAAAGAACUUAAUUCCCUACAGCCACAUAAAGACUUCAGAUUGUGGCUGACAGCAGAACCACAUACAAAGUUUACACCAAUAAUACUCCAGACAAGCCUGAAAGUCACAUAUGAGGCACCAGCAGGAAUCAAGAAAAACCUUCAGCGAACAUAUGAUUCGUGGACCCCAGAGAUCGUUGCCCGUGGAAAUAAUGUUAGCCGUUCCCAGGCACUCUUUGUUUUGGCAUGGUUCCAUGCUGUUGUUCAAGAGCGUAGAACCUACAUACCACAAGGCUGGUCGAAGUUCUAUGAGUUCUCCUUGGCUGAUUUGAAAGCUGGGUUAGAUAUUCUGGAUAGAUUAUUUAAUCAAGAAGGUACUGGUGAAAUUAAAUGGAACUUUAUUCAUGGCUUGUUUGAAAAUGCAAUCUAUGGUGGACGUAUAGACAAUGUAUGGGAUUUGCGAAUUCUUACUGCAUACCUAUAUACCUUCUUUACAAGUGAUGUUAUUGGUGGACGCAAACUUUCUCAUAAUCAGUUGGCACAGAACAUGGUUCUGCCAACUACUGUUAAUUAUCAGGACUUCACUGCUCUUAUCAGAAGUCUACCUGAAGAAGAUGAUCCAGCUUAUUUUGGUCUCCCAGCUAAUAUUGAAAGAUCUUGGCAGCGUAUUGUCAGCUCACAAGUCAUUGCUCAGCUCAAAGUUUUGAUGAGGUCGCCAGAGCUAGCAAGUCGCUUUGACCGUGAAAAGUGGCAUUCCCAGUUGUCACCAGUGUUGAAUUUAUGGAAGAAAUUAAAUCAGGGUGCUAAUCUCAUUCAAGCCAAAGUUUCUAUACCAGCCUCAUCAUCUGAGUCCCCAGUCAAGGCAUUCAUACAGCUGGAAUAUUUUUCUGUGGUCAGUAUUGUACAGACAGUCCAUCGGUCUCUAGCCCAGCUCUCCAAAGUUAUUCGUGGAACGCUUCUCCUUACUACAAGUGUCCAAGAGCUUGCAGACUCUCUCCUGAGGCAAGAGACUCCUGGCAGUUGGCAGAAAAUGUGGGAAGGACCAGAGGACCCAUUGGAUUAUUUAAGGAGCAUUAUAAGACGUGCACUGGGUAUUGGAAAAUGGCUGGCUAAAAGUGAUCAGAACAGCCUUCUCAAAGAAGCACUGGACCUUUCUGAGCUCCUGCAUCCAGCCACUUUUUUAAAUGCUCUUCGUCAACAGACUGCAAGGGAAUAUGGAACUUCAAUGGAUAAUCUGGAAUUUGUUACCUCCUGGUCACGUGGUGGAAUUCCUGAUGCUAAGGUUGCUAUGAAAUGGUGCGGACUCCAGAUGGAGGGCGCCACUUUUGAUGGAUCUCGAUUAAUGCAUAACUCUCAUGAUUCUCCCAGCAUUACUGUUGCUCCUUUGUGCACAGUAGCAUGGAUGCCAAAGGAUUUGGGAACUAGAAUGUACCAUGAAGAGCUGCUAUCUGUUCCUGUCUAUGCUGCCUCUGACCGAGAGCAGUUAGUUGGUAGUAUUGACUUACCUUGUCCCUCUCCUCACUACGAGUGGCGUCAGGCUGGUUUAGCUCUUUUCUUGAUGACAUAGAUUCUCAAAACUUAGUCUAGAUUUACUGCACCUGCUGAUUAUUUAGGAAGUAUUUUCAUGUCUGUGAAUGGUAGGAGAGUAUGCACACAAUCUAUUGAUGAAGGGUAUGAUUUAUAUAUUACAGCAAGACCUUUCAUAGCAUGUUUCUAACAAAAUACUAUUCAUAAUUAUAUAAAGAAAUAUAUUAGUACAGGUCUGCCAUCACAAAUCCGGCAGUCAGACAUUCGGUUUCAUCAGUUAUUCGGCACUUAUUUCGACUAGCAUAAUUCCAAAUUUCCAGGGUCGCCACACCAACAUGCUGGUACUGUUUGGUGGUGCUACUUGCUGCCUAAGUCAUUCCAAUUUCUUUUUUUCCAUUAUUAUAACCUGCUCACUUCUAGCCCUAGCCAUGGUUCCAACGAAUAAAAGAAGUGAUUCUCUUUGUGUAAAGCACAUACACAGUACACUGUCCAUAAAAGAUAAGGUGGCUUUGAAGCCACUGUCGAUUGCCAUGAGCUCAGUCAUGUGAUGCAGGGAAUAUGCUUUAUUAUUACUCUAACAUCAACACUACGGCUUAUUUUCCUGUCACAAUUGAUCUAAUAUGACAUAAUAAACAAUAUAAAUAACAGAAAUAUUUUAAAUAUGUACUCCAGAAUGAAUAACAUUUGGCAUAAUACCAAGCAGUUUGAUGGAGGUAUGAAGAGAAUAUGGGAUACAAGUACCAUCCUCCUAUCCCUGUCUUGGGGGCUUAUAUUAGAGAAAACGGAGUAUAGCACAGGACUAACUGUGAUAUACACUCGUAAUGCACCAUAAAACUCAAACAGAAAAGCUAUUUUCUCUACAUAGAUUAUCAUACAAAGCAGCAUAUAUGUAGAGAACCUAGGAUAACCAAAAAAAGUCAGACAAAAUGACUUAUUUCUAGUACCUGGCUUGGGCUUGCCAUAUAUGAUUUUUGGUAAAUAUUUUUUUUUCUCAGUUGUUUGUUGGGCUAUCUUACUGAAACUUGGGCAAUGUAUGAUGGAAAGAUGCUUCUUAACAUACAGCAAAAAAUUAAAAAAACUGACGAUAAAUAAUGGAGUUCACUUCUCAGCCACUAGCCGCCCCUUAGCGGUACAUUUUCGCAUGGUUUUUAUGGCUGUAUUCUCGUUUUUUUGGUCUCAUUUGAUAGAAUGGAAGAUAUAUUACAGAAAUAGAUAUGAUUUUGAUUGGUUUCACGAUGAAAAGUACCUUGAUCUCAAAAUAGCGGAAAUGUUUGAUUUUUGCCGAUGUUCAAUGAACUUUCUUGUGCAAGUCAAGUUGGUAAAUUUUAUUAAGUGUAUUCUAACCUAACCACUCUGUAAUCUGGCAAACUCAAUAAUCCGGCACACUACAGGUCCCAAGAUGCCAGAUUUGUGAUGGCAGACAUGUAUGAGGUUUUUGCCUGAGUUUACAUGCCAUAAAAGUUUUGAAAAAGUGGCUCAGGUAGGCUUAGUACUGCAUAACCUGUAGUGGUCCUCUUAGCAGACAACUGAUAAGCAAUGCUGUCAUUGCUAUUUGAACAUGGCCAAAAUUGGCAGUCUUUCCUAUAGACAGUCUACCUGGUGGGUUAGUUGUAGCCACUGCUGCCAUCUUACAGGAAAGAAAUUUAUAUAUUAUCAUAAUUUGCACAUAAAUGUACUUAUAGAAUAUUGGC